UGGAGGGAAUGCCUCUCUCGAAUCCCACCGGUCACACCAGCGUCCAGGAUGCGCUCUUUAAACUGAUGCUCUGAUUCUGAACCAAAGCGAACCUGUUAAUGCAUUUGUUUUGGUGGCUAAACGCAGCUGAUGCGUAUGGAGAGAGGAGCGUGAGAGGCAACGAAGGGAGAGCGGAGUCCCCCAUCCCCUUACACCGAAAACAAAGUCUUAUAAGGCAGUGGGACCAUGUCCUCGUCACACAGCCAGGACAUAUCUGACUACCAUGUCAGCGUGAUCCGAGAUCCUCCUGCUUGGGAGGUUGGUGUCUACCUGUUGGGCCUUUUGGUUCUGCUUGGCAUAGUAGGAGUAAGUCUAUGGAAGCUGUGGAGGUCUGGCUCUUUCCCUGCUCCUUCACCGUACCCCAACUUCAAUUAUCGCUACCUGCAGGAGAAAUAUGGCAACUCUUACUCUGAAGUCAGGCAGAAGUGUGUUGCAGCUUCCAACCACCGACGAGCAUCAUCGGCCAGCCGUAAGCCCAGCCUGCAGCUGGCUGACACACCUGACGGCUUCCGCGAACUCGGCCCUUUGGAACUGAUGAGCCGGGAGCUGGAGAUGAAGCGCUCCGCCUCAGUCGACUCACUGUGCUCCAUCUCAUCCAUUGCCCAAACCUUUGGCCAUGAUGUAACCGUGGGCCAGCUGGAGGUGACGCUAGAGCUUGACGCACGAGCCUCGUUGUUACACGUCACCCUGCAUCAGGCUAAGGACCUGAUGGAGAAGGAAGAAGAGAAUUUCCCAGGCUGCUACAUCACUGUUAUUCUGUUACCUGACGAAAUUAAUGUGGGCAUCACACGGAUUCAGAGCAACGCUUUCACCGUGUUGUUUGAUGAGCGUUUCUCUAUUCCACUGGAUGCAGCAUCUGUGGAUGAGUACAGCCUUCGUUUCUCAGCAUUCGGAGUGGACUUGGACGAAAGGAGCAUCAGCGCGGGGCAGGCUGAACUCAAAAUGUCUGAUCUCGACCUGUCCAUAAGACCUUUUGAUGCUUGGCUGUACCUCCAGGACAUCAAUAAGACUGUGGAUGCUGUUGGAGAGAUUCUGCUCUCCCUCAGUUACCUCCCCACUGCAGAGCGCCUCACUGUGGUGGUGGCUAAAGCAAAGAACCUGGUCUGGACUAAUGGCAAAACCACAGCAGAUCCAUUUGUGAAGGUGUACCUCCUCCAAGACGGCAGGAAGAUCAGUAAGAAGAAAACCUCCAUAAAAAGAGAUGAUACUAACCCUAUCUUCAAUGAGGCAAUGAUCUUCUCUGUGCCUGCCGUCGUGCUUCAGGACCUCUCCCUAAGAGUCACGGUGGCUGAAAACACAGAAGACGGGCGUGGUGAAAACAUAGGUCAUGUGAUCAUCGGGCCAGAGGCGAGUGGCAUGGGCAUCACUCACUGGAACCAAAUGCUGGCGACUCUGCGCAAACCCGUGUCCAUGUGGCACCCUCUGCGGAGGACCUAAUCUGAUUCCUACCCUCCUGUUCCCACCUGCAUGGUGCCUACUGUCUCCGUGACCCAAUCAUAAUGACUUUGAAAAAGGUCAAGAGGUCAUCUUUAUUCAGGAAAAAAACAGUAUCUUUUUAAAGCAGUUGCACAGCCAGAGCCACAGAGCAGAUCAUAAUGGAAAGACUGAAACUCUGCCUGUCUCUGCUUUAAAUCCCAGGUCCUUUUAUCCAGGUUAAAUCUGUCCUCAUUUGUAGCAGUUAUAACAGGGUGGCUGACCCGAACGAACGUCAGUCAGCACUGCGUUGUAGUCAUUUGUUCAGUUGAGUAAGCAGUCACAUUCUAAUACCAACAAAUUCUUCUUCUUCUUCUACUUCUUCUUCUUCUUAUUAUUAUUAUUAUUGUUGUUAUGAUAAUUAUUAUUUAUUGCUGUUCUGUGCGGUUUUAUAUUUUUAUGCUCACUAAAAAGCAAUAGAACUCACCUGUAUGUAUGUUGGAAAGACCUUUAACCACUUCUUUGGGAGAAUGCAGUAGUUCAAAGAGUGUAAACAUUCGUUCUCCUAAAAGCAGGUUUACAUUCCCAUCCAUCAGAGCCUUGCUUCAACUGCAGAAAUGACAGCUAGAAAGCGAGACUAGCUGUUAAGGCUCUGCGUCAUAUCACAGUGAAUGUAAACAUUAAACAUGAAACAUGAAUUAUAUAUUUGAUAUUUGCUUUUAGUUCUCAACUUUUUCCUGUGCCCUCGGUUUGCCUGCACUUUGGAAAUGUAUUCAGAGAGAUGUUAAUCACCUGUUGGAAAUGUUUGUUGAGUUUCUGCAGUUUUUAUUAAUUUAUUUUUUAUGCAUUCUGUCUAGAGAUAAGAUUUAACAAAAAAGAAAAAAAGAAAAAAAGAAAAAAAAAGAAGACAAAAAAAGACGUCCUGCCUCCAACCGUUACUGACUACUACAAGGAGUUUCGCAAUAAAAUUUCUUUCAUUCAGCAGACAUACAUUUAACAUUCAUAUUCAGAUUAGUCUCUGUUUAAAGACAUGUCAAGAGACAGUAUUCAACUAACCAGGUUCAAGUUUUCUUAAUGUAGCCUACAUGAUUAGCGUACGUCAACAAUCUCAGUGCAGUGUUUGAGGUUUCAUGACUAACUCCAUUGUACACCCAGUUUCAUCCAGUGCCAAAUUAACCACUAGAGAAGCAAUAGAGAAUAUUUUAUUUAGGCUUGAGUCGAUAUCAUGUUUGUGAUCGAUGAAAUAAAAAAAAGUCAUUUUGCAGUGCAUGAAAGUGUAAUAGAUAUGGUAUAAUGAUGUUAAAAUAUACAACUCUUUAAAUAAAGAAAUGACUCAGA